CAAGAGGAGAAACAAGUUGCAGAGGGGGCAGGACAGGUGUGAGGGAAGAAAUAGGACGGCAGAAAUCCCACCUGAGACAGUGGACGUUAAAGGACUGUUCCACGUAGUGAGGUCUUCCUGUUUUUGUGGUUGUGGCAAACGGAAGGGGGAAUGUUGAUCCUAAGCCUUAAGCAGCCUGUUUUCCACUUGCAAGAUCAACUUCUAAAAGCUUACAUUGUCUGAGGAAGAAGCUGGGAAGAGGAGGAAAAAAGGAAAGAAAACAGGAAUGGCUCUUUCUCAGGAUGGAAUGGUUGGAUCUUCUUGCAGUCCAAGGGACUCUCAAGAGGCUUCUCCAACACCACAGUUGAAAAGCAUCAAUUCUUCGGCGCUCAGCUUUCUUCGCCGUCCAACUCUCACAUCCAUACGUGACCACUGGAAAAACCAUAGCCUUGACUAGACGGACCUUUGUUGGCAAGGGAUGGUUAAUCUUCAAGGAUGUGGUGAUUAAAUUCUCUCAGGAGAAGUGGGAAUGCCUGGACCCUGUUCAGAGGGCCUUGUACAGGGACAUGAUGCUGGAGACCUAGAAGAACCUGCUCUCUGUGGAUUCAUUCCUUGCCUGAGCGCUUUCUUCCCUUCAUCUCGUACAUUUGAAAUUUUCUUUGACGUCUGAAGACUUGUGUUGCCUGAGGAAGCCCUGAAGUUGAGGAAGGGGAAAGAAAAGGAGUCAGGCAUGGCUCUUUCUCAGGAACGACUGACCUCUGAGGAUGUGGCCAUUGAAUUCACUCAGGAGGAGUGGGAAUUCCUGGACCCUGCUCAGAGGGCCUUGUACAGGGAUGUGAUGCUGGAGACCUACAGGAACCUGCUGUCUGUGGAUAUCUGUCCUACACUUGUGAUCAAGCAUUUACAACCCAAAGCAAACAGUGAUAAUAAACGAGAACCGUUCCAAAGAUUGAUGCUGGGAAGAUCUGAAAGCUGUGAAAUCAAACAUUUUCAUCUUUGGGAAAGUCAGGAAAAUAUGUGUGACAUUGAGUAUCUGGGGAGAGAUGACAAAAGAAAUCACAAAGGAACACCUGUAAGCCUUGAUGGAAAUGUGCCUGAUGGAAGAGAUUCACAUGAUAGAAAGGAUGCAGGAAUCAAGCCCUUUGGAAACAGGCUUGGGUUUAACUUUCAGGAUAAACUGCAGAUAUUUCAAACUGGCGGGAUAAUUUCUGAAUAUAAUGAAGUUGAGAGGUCUGUCAACAACAGUUUCUCAUUCUCACCACUUCAAAGAAUUGCUCGUGUCCAAACCAGUGUUUCUAAUAUAUAUGGGGAUGAUUUUAUGAAUCCUUCAGUAAUAAUACAAGACCUCAAAGCACACAGGGAAAAACCUUACAAAUGUGAUGAGUGUGGGAAAGCCUAUCUUAAGGGCUCAUACCUCAUUAAACAUCAGGCCAUCCAUAUAAGAGAGGAAUCACAUAAAUGUGAAGUAUGUGACAAAUUGUUUGAUCAAAGUUCACAGCUUGCACGUCAUUUGAAAAUUCAUUCUGAAGUGAAAUGUUACAAAUGUAAUGAGUGUGGCAAAACCUUUACUGACAGCUCAAACCUCAGGAGACAUCAGAAAAUUCAUACAGGAAAGAAAUUGUUUAAAUGUGAUAUAUGUGACAAAGUCUUCAGCCGAAAUGCUCACCUUGCUGGUCAUCAGAGGGUUCAUACUGGAGAGAAACCUUACAAAUGUAAUGAGUGUGGCAAGCACUUCAGUCAACCUUCACAGUUUAUAAGUCAUAAGAGAUUUCAUACUGGAGAGAAACCUUACAAGUGUGAUGAGUGUGGCAAGGCCUUUCGUGUAAAGUCAAUCCUUUUAAGUCAUCAGACGGUUCAUACUGGUGAGAGACCUUACAAAUGUGAUGAGUGUGGAAAAGUCUUCGGUCAAAAACCACAUCUUCGACUUCAUUGGAGAAUUCAUACUGGAGAGAGACCUUUCAAAUGUAAUGAGUGUGGCAAGUUCUUCAGUCGAAAUUCACACCUUACAAGUCAUCGGAGAAUACAUAUAGAGAAACCUUUCAAAUGUUUCGAGUGUGGAAAAUCCUUUACUCAGGUCUCAGCACUCACUAAACAUCAGAAAAUCCAUACAUGAGAGAAACUUAUGUGAAUGUGGUAUAUGGUAGAAGUCUUCAAAAUUCAAAGUUCAAACUUCACACACUACUGUUGGUCAGAGAAUUCAUACUACUGAGGAACCAUACAAAUAUGAGUGUAGCAACAUCUUAGCUUGAUGAGAAAAUUCAUGCUGGAUAGAAGCCAGAUAUAUACGUAUUUAUUAGUCAGGUCUUUAGAACAUGAAUUCAUCCUAGAAAGAUUCCUCACCAGUUUCACAAAUGUGAAAAAAAGAAAAACCCUAUCCUCACAUCUCACAUCUCGCCAGUAGUAUCAGAGUAUUUAUCCUGGAGAAAACACACAGCAGUGUAAUGUGUGUGGCAGGGAUCUUACCCCAAAGUCACAAGAUAGGAACAUAGUGGAGCCAUACUUCCCAGGCUCAGUGGUUGUGGCAAAUCCUUUACCUUUUUCACUAUAUGUAUUCUCUGAUGACUUCAGUUCAGAUACUCAGCAACUGCAGUAAGUCCAUAUUUGAAGAGAAGCUAUAGAGAUCUUUUCAUGUUAAAGAAACCCGAAUUCUAACUCAGCAAAGUUGAUUCUUUGGGACAGUAGUCCACCAUCUUUUUGGUGUCUGGGCUUUCUGAAUAAAGUCACUAUUCCUUGCCCAACAA